UCGUAACCCUAAUAAAAAAAAGUGUUUUUUUGGUUUCAAAAUGAUGCUUUUUUGACCAAAAAUGAAGAAAAACACAAACUCGCUAACUCGGUCCUAGACUCACGAGUUUGUCCGAGUUUGACAGAGUCUAGCCGAGUUUACUCAAGAUAGAGUCUAUGCCCGAGUCAACUCGAUUCCAUAUCUAAACUCGUAAACUCGUACGAGUUUACGUGUUAACUCGAGAGUUUGACAACUGUUAGCAAUGAAUCCAUAUGGACAAACUAAGGUCUGACUUGUAGAGUAAACGGUUUUGAUAUGGAUCCAAGUGAUUUCAAUUCUACUCUGCCAUAUGGAAUUUAAGUAGCUGUGGCAUUCAAUACUUGAUUUCUAUAUGUGAUAGUCAUUUAGAUUUUAGAUUAAGACUAGAGGUUUUUUACUAUAACUGUUUUGAGUUCAAAAUAUCUUAAGAUUGAGGGUUCAUUUUUCUGAUGCGUGAUUUGCAGGAGUCAAGCAAGUACCAGUACCAUGAGCAACUUUGGGAUUCUCCUUUUAGCCAUUCAUUACCCAGCUGUCUCAAGCCAACUGCUAAAUAUAAAGGUUCUCAAGGAUUUGAUCACUAUCUUACCGUGAGAUGCAAUGGUGGACUAAAUCAAAUGCGAACUGGUGUGUUUGGAUUACUACUUUUGGCACCAGAACCUGGGAAUUUGAUAUAUCAGACAUGGUAGCUAUGGCACAUAUAAUGAAUGCAACUUUAGUCAUCCCUCAAUUGGAUAAACGUUCGUUCGGGCAAGACUCAAGGUAAUUUUCUAUUAUAGCAUCAUUCGGUUCUUUAUAUGCCUAUUAUACUCUCUUCCAAGAUUGUCUUGAUUAUUGGGUGUGUGCAGUGUAUUUUCAAAUGUAUUUGAUGAGGAUCAUUUCAUUGAUUCCUUGAAAGGAGAUAUUAAAAUUGUCAAGGAACUUCCCAAAAAUCUGGAAGCUGGCCCCCGGGCCAGAAAACACUUUACUUCUUGGUCUCGUGUGGGUUAAAUGUUACUAAAGAUAUUUUGUCCAUUUAAAUGUUAUUAAAGAUCUAUUAUAAUAUGUGUUUUUUGUUGUUAGCAAAGAAAAUAUUUUGUAACAUUUAUUAGAGUAUUGCUAUAGAGUAUCUAUUGUAAUAUUUUUUAAAAUGUUACUAGAAAGACUUAUUGUGAUAUUUUUU